AUGUUGCGCAAACGGGCGACAGAGGCUCUGCCUUGGUCGUCUUCUCAACCUGUAGGACUCGGGGCGACGUUGCGCGCGAGGGCCAUCGAGGCCUUCAAGGCCGCGAAGCCGGUGCUCCUGCGGGCCCUUGAACAGGCCCAGCGCUGGGCUGCAAAGAACAAGGGCAAGGCGUGCCUUGCCGCCCUUGCAGCUGCUGCCUUCUGUCUCAACUUCAAAAGAUUGCCCUUCGUCUGGCACUUGCGUGUCUUCUACAACAUUUGGUUCCCGAGAAAGCGUUACUUUGACUCCCGGCCAGGCUCCAUUUUCCGGCCGGUUGUCACUCCUUCUCGUGUGGCCCUGCUUGAGACCGACUACAACUUGCACAAGUCCAACAGCACCUACUUCUCUGACCUUGAUGUUGCCAGAACGGAUCUCCUUGCCGCCCUGCGGUCUCAGGCUAUCCGCGGCGGACUGUACAAGGAGUACAAGGAGGGCGUCCAAGUGCUUCUCGCCGGCACCUCUUGCAACUUCAAGAAGGAGAUCAAGAUCGGUGUAGCUUUCGACAUGCACAGCAGAAUCCUGUCCUGGGACCGCAAGUGGAUUUACGUCAUCACUCACUUUGCCGAGAAGCGAAAGAAGUCAGUGAACGGCAAGGCCCCUUCUCGUUCGCCCAGCGUCUAUGCGACAGCGAUCUCGAAGUGCGUCGUCAAGGCCGGCCGCCUGACGGUCCCGCCAGAGAAGUUCUUCCAGGCAGCGGGAGUACUCCGCACUGAGGUCCCCAACUUGAACUGGGUCGACGGCAACACUUCCUCCGAGUCUCUGAGCAAGUCCAAGAAGGAAAAGAAGUCAAAAGACAAGGACUCGAAGAAGAGAGACAAGGGUGAGAGAAAAUUUGUCAAUCACAUUUGUAUCAUGACGAACACCGUCUACGUGAUCACGGGCACCAACAAGGGCAUCGGCCUGGGCCUGGUCAAGGCCCUGAUCGCUCGUCCUUCCACCACCGUCGUCGCUUCAGUGCGCAGUGAUGCUGCCGCCGCCUCUCUGAAAUCGGGCGUUGCGGAAGUCACCAAAGGCUCUGGUAGUGAGUUGCAUGUCAUGCUGCUCGACCUCUCCACAGCGCCGUCUCCUGCUGCUAUGCGUGAAGCGUUCACAGUAGCUACUGCUGGCACCGUGGAUCGCAUCGACAUUUUGGUCAGCAACGCAGCUGCUCCUUUCCCCAUGCUUCCUAUAUCUACAACUCCAGCCGAGGACUUCCGCAAAGCAUUCGAGGUCAACACUAUUGCUCCGUUGAUGGUGUUCCAAGGUCUCUGGCCACUGAUGGACAAGCCCCGCACCGAGACCGAUGUCCCCGCCAAGUUCAUUGGUGUCACCUCCUCUGUCGGAUCCAUUGAAACGCAAGAGCCGGUCCCCGGGGGUGCCUAUGGCCCGAGCAAAGCAGCUUUGAAUCACAUCACCAAGUCGCUGCACGCCCAACACAAGAAUCUGGUCGCCGUCGCCCUUCAUCCUGGGUGGGUCCAGACAGACAUGGGCAAUUACGCAGCGAACGCAUGGAAUUACGCUGCCGGACCUCCGGAUACAAUUGACAGCAGUGUCAGUGGCUGUCUCCAAGUCAUUGACGGAGCGAGCCGAGAGACUACGUCGGGGAAGUUCGUCACCCAGACUGGCCAGGUUGUCCCUUGGUAG